CAGCUGUUGUCGGGGUUUUAUCUCUCUCUCUCUCUGAGCACUUGAGGACUUUGCCCCCGAGACUUCCUUCCUUUCUGGUCCGCCAUCUGCCGGCGCCGUACCGGGUCCGUCCACAUGUGGCCGGCGGCAGAUGUCCUCGGGGUCAUUUCGGCGAGGCGUGGGAGGCCUUCCGGGGGGGGGAUCAAAGCAUCCAGAAAGCCAAGAUUAAUUGAAUCCCCGCGUUAAAGAUCACGAAGAUCCUCGUCCGUCUGCGCCGAGCCGAAAUUGGCUCCAAAGCGCAGAGGAAAAGUUGUGCGACGAUUAAAUGAGGCGACGCGGCUUCAUUUUUCUGCGCUGCGCCCGUCCGUCAUCCGCCGCGUGACUGCAGCUGGACUCGGUAGAAGCGCUCGCGAGUGCAGACGCGCUGCCGCAAAUAUUUGGCGCGGCGCGGAGACGCUCUGGAUCGCAGCUUCCCCCUUAAUCCCCUGGUUUUUUUUUUCACGCGCUCCGCCCGCCUUCUCGUUUUUCAGCCUUCACUUUUUCCAUAUCCGACCGCCGGAAUAUUCGACUUGGCUCGUCGUCCUCGGGAUUCUUCACCCCGCACGCACGACUUUGUGAUACGAGGCCUGCGCUUCUCUGAUAAACCGAAGUGGACCUCGGAUGAGUUGGAAUGCGGCUCCGGGAGGCACAUUUCUCAAAACACUUCCAGUGGGCCAGGAAAAUGACACGUCCAAAACACCAAAUCGUAAAAAAACCAUCAGAUGAUCGACCACGGCUGCGGCAACUUCGUGCGGGUGGUGCAGCCGUACAACCGGACCCACCUCUUCAUGUGCGGCAGCGGCGCCUACAGCCCCGUGUGCGUCUACGUCAACAGGGGGCGCCGCCCCGAGGAACAAAUAUUUCACGUUGACUCAAAGUCUGAGUCCGGAAAAGGGCGUUGCUCCUUCAACCCGCGGGUCAACACCGUGUCCCUCAUGCUCAAUCAAGAACUGUUCUCCGGGAUGUACAUCGACUUCAUGGGGACGGACGCGGCCAUCUUCCGCAGCCUGACCAAGAGGAACGCCGUGCGCACCGACCAGCACAACUCCAAGUGGCUCAGCGAGCCCGUCUUCGUGGACGCCCACCUGAUCCCGGACGGGUCGGACCCCGACGACGCCAAAGCGUACUUCUUCUUCCGCGAGAGGCUGACGGACAACAGCGGCAACACCAGGAACAUCCACACGGUGGUGGCGCGCGUCUGUCCCAACGACAUCGGAGGCCAGCGGAGUCUGGUCAACAAGUGGACCACCUUCCUCAAGGCCAGGAUGGUCUGCUCCGUUCUGGAGGAGGACGGCACCGAGACGCACUUUGACGAGCUCGAAAGCGUCUUUCUGCUGGAAAGCGAGCAUCCCAAAGGCCUGCUGCUCUUCGGAGUCUUCACGUCCACGAGUUCGGUCUUCAAAGGCUCGGCGGUGUGCGUGUACAACAUGGCCGACGUCCUCACCGUCUUCAACGGGCCCUUCGCGCACCGGGACGGGCCCAACUUCCAGUGGGUGGCCUUCCAGGGACGCAUCCCGUUCCCCAGGCCCGGAACGUGCCCCGGCGGAGCCUUCACGCCGGACAUCCACACCACCAAAGAAUUCCCGGACGACGUGGUCAACUUCGUGCGCAACCACCCGGUCAUGUUCAAUCCCAUCUACCCGGCGGGCAGGAAACCCCUGGUGGUCCGAACCGGCGCCGACUACAAAUACACGGCGGUGGCAGUGGACCAGGUGGCGGCCGCCGACGGGAAUUACCAAGUCCUCUUCCUGGGAACCGACAAAGGAAGCGUCCAGAAGGUGAUCGCCCUGCCCACCAAUCAGUCCCUGCAUAAAGAUCUCAUCCUGGAGGAGCUGCAAGUCUUCAAGAACCAAGCUCCGGUGACCGACUUGAGAAUCUCCUCCAAAAAACAACAACUGUACGUGAGCUCGGAGGCGGGCGUGUCGCAGUUGUCGCUGCACCGCUGCCACGCGUACGGCUCGGCCUGCGCCGACUGCUGCCUGGCCCGAGAUCCGUACUGCGCCUGGGACGGCCUCAGCUGCUCGCGCUUCUACCCCAGCGGCAAACGGAGGAGCAGGAGGCAGGAUGUCAUGCAUGGAAAUCCUCUCACGCAGUGCAGAGGCUUCAAUCUCAAAGCCUACAGGAACGCAGCGGAGAUGACGCAAUACGGCGUGAGGAACAACACCACCUUCCUGGAGUGCCUGCCCAAGCCCCCGCAGGCGUCCAUCCGCUGGCUCAUCCACAGGGACGGCGACAGGCGCAAGGAGGUGAAGCCGAGCGAGCGCGUGCUGUCCACGGACCACGGCCUGCUCAUCCGCUCGGCCCAGCCCUCGGACCAGGGCCUCUACUACUGCCUGACCACCGAGAACGGCUUCAAGCGCACCGUGGCCAAGAUCCGGCUGCGGGUGCUGAACGCCGCCGGAGCGUCGGGCGAAAGGGGGCGCUGGGCGUGGCCGCGGUCGCCGAGCCCCGGGGGGCCGCCGGAGGCCGACGGCCUGGCCGUGCGGCGCUUCUGCGAGGAGAGGAAGGAAAGGAAGGAGGUCCAGGAGCGGCAGAAGAGCCUUUGGCAACCGCCGCCGGGGCCUCUCAGGGGAGACCUGGCCAAGCUCAAGCCCCUGCUGGAUCGCAGGAGGAGCCGCAACCGGCGGAAUCAGCUCCCGGAGGACUAACUCCGCGACACGGACCGGCCGGCUCGUAGCGCCGGGAGACAGCCGCCAAAACGCAAAACCCGACCAUCGGCGUGGAUCCUUUUUUUAUGCCGUGUCGGGAGGAAAGGGGAAGACGGAAGACGGAAGACGGAUGCAUGCUUGACUCUUUUAGUGCCGAACCAGCAUUUCCAAGUCUGCCUAGCGACCGGGCUCAAAAUUCUCAUAUUUAUUUCUGUGACGCACGCUCAUGGAUUGGUAUGUACCGACUUGCACGCAAAGUGGAGCACGUGGGGGUUA